CUUACGUUUCUCAUCGUUCCCAAUAAGAGAGAGAGAGAGAAUGAAAAACCCUACGCAUAUUCCUCUCUCCCCUCACUCCCAUCCUCCCACUCUGCAACAUCAAUGGAGCAGAAUAACCAAGUAGAAGAGGAGCAAAUAGUUACUCCAUGGGAAGUAAGCGCCGAAAAGGGCGGCAAAAUUGACUACGACAAGCUAAUCGACAAAUUCGGCUGCCAGCGCCUCGACCAAUCACUCGUCGACCGCGUCGCCCGCCUCACCGGCCGCCCGCCGCACGUCUUCCUCCGCCGCGGCGUCUUCUUCGCCCACCGAGAUUUCAGUGACCUACUCGAUGCGUACGAGAGAGGCGAAAAGUUCUAUCUUUACACGGGUCGGGGCCCCUCUUCCGAGGCCUUGCAUUUGGGCCAUCUCGUCCCGUUCAUGUUCACCAAGUAUCUGCAAGAUGCAUUCAAGGUGCCGCUUGUUAUACAAUUGACAGACGAUGAGAAGUGCAUGUGGAAGAAUUUGACUGUGGAGGAAAGUCAGAGGCUCGCCCGUGAAAAUGCUAAAGAUAUAAUCGCCUGCGGAUUCGAUGUUUCGAGGACAUUUAUUUUCUCCGACUUCGAUUAUGUUGGAGGGUCCUUCUACAAGAACAUGGUCAAGAUUGCAAAGUGUGUCACAUACAAUAAGGUAGUUGGUAUCUUUGGUUUCAGUGGAGAAGAUCACAUCGGAAAAGUCAGUUUUCCGCCUGUUCAGGCAGCUCCAUCCUUUCCGAGUUCCUUUCCACACCUGUUCUCGGAGAAAGAUAACCUCCGUUGCUUGAUUCCUUGCGCAAUUGACCAGGACCCCUACUUCCGAAUGACACGAGAUGUUGCUCCCCGAAUAGGUUAUCACAAGCCGGCUUUGAUUGAAUCGUCGUUCUUUCCUGCUCUUCAGGGAGACACGGGUAAAAUGUCUGCCAGCGAUCCAAAUUCUGCUAUAUACGUGACUGAUUCUGCUAAGGACAUAAAGAACAAGGUAAACAGAUACGCAUUCUCUGGUGGGCAAGAUUCAGUAGAGAAUCACCGCAAGUAUGGAGCAAAUCUCGAGGUAGAUAUUCCGAUUAAAUAUCUCGGAUUUUUCUUGGACGAUGAUGCGGAACUCGAACAUAUAAGAACAGAAUACGGUGCAGGUCGUCUGUUGACAGGUGAAGUGAAGAAACGGCUUGUUGAUCUGUUAACUGAUCUGGUUGAAACACAUAAGCGGGCCCGAGCUGCUGUUACCGAUGAGAUGGUGGAUGCGUUCAUGGCAGUACGACCACUUCCCAAUAUGUUUAGCUGAAAUCCGAGAAUUUCAUUGAAUUUAAAUCCCCUUGAAUUUUUUCUUCUCUUUAUAUACAUGAUAUAUUUAUUAUUAUUAAGAUACUCGAUUCAUCGAAGAGUUCAAAUUUUUAUUUUUAAUUUUUUAGAACAUGAGUUAGAUCUGCUAUCCGCAGUCUGUUGUGCUAUUGAUAAUUGAAUUCAUAAAUAACACUUCAAUUCAUUAAGAAA